AUGGGCUAUAAUGUGGGCUAUGAUAUGGGCUAUGAUAUGGGCUAUAACGUGGGCUAUGAUAUGGGCUAUGAUAUGGGCCGUAAUGUGGGCUAUGAUAUGGGCUAUGAUAUGGGCUAUAAUGUGGGCUAUGAUAUGGGCUAUGAUGUGGGCUACGAUGUGGGCUAUGAUGUGGGCUAUGCUCUGGGCUAUGAUGUGAGCUAUGAUGUGAGCUAUGAUGUGGGCUAUGAUGUGAGCUAUGAUGUGAGCUAUGAUGUGGGCUAUGAUAUAGGCUAUGAUGUGUGCUAUGAUGUGGGCUAUGUUGUGGGCUAUGAU